UUUUCUUUUUUGCCAAUGCUUGUCACUAACAAACAGUUGAGUCUCGGACGCUCCCACAGUUGGGACACAUUAGGGGGGAAUGAGGGUCAGUGGGACAAGACUGAGAGUGUUUACGAGCAGCAGGCAAGAGUAGCGGGCCGGCGGAGCUCUCUGUCAUACGGAGAGGGAGGAGGGUGGUACGAGCCUCCACCAGGGGUGCGCCCCCCUGACCUGGAUUUGAAACGGGACCCGUAUUCUUACCAAGACUCUCUCUACGGACAGGUUUACGCAGAGCGACACGACCCACGAGGGCUUAGGAAGGGUUCUGUGCCAGAUCUUAACCACUACGAACGAGCAUCCAUGGCUCACAGAGGUUCCAUUCCACAUCAGGAUUAUUAUUCCCAUGACCCGGCCAUGACUCCUCGACCACCUGAGGGCUUUUACCGGCCAGACCACCAGCCUGCGCCGCCUCACCCUCAUCCACUCAGUAGGUCAAGCUCUCAUUUUGGGAUGGCACCUGGGGCUCGGGCUGCGUGGGAGCAAGGUCAAGGAGGGAGAGCAGGACCUCAAGCCCCUUCAUCACCUCUACCUCCUCCUCCCCCUCCUCCAACUGCUCAUGAGUUGAAUCGGGCUUAUAGGGAACCUGGUGUUGUAACUGCUGCCAAGAUGAUGCCAGAUGGCCAACAGCGCAUACCGUCCCGAGACCCAUCUCCUGCUCACUAUGGCAUGGAGCAUGCGUCUCCUCGGUAUGCCAGCGAGCCUCCACCUCUGACAGGUCAAGCAGUCUAUUCUGAUGUUAAUGGUCGCCCAUUGGAUCCGCAGCAACAGGCUGCUACCUGUCUAGUGGUAGAUCCUGCCAGUCAGGGUAUGAUUAUGAGGCAAGAGACAGCCUCACCCUACACCAUCCAACAACAGCAGCAAUUACAACAACAGCAACAAAUACAGCAACAACAAUUACAACAGCAACAAAUACAACAGCAACAAAUACAACAGCAACAACUCCAACAGCAACAAUUACAGCAACAGCAACUUCAGCAACAACAAAUACAGCAACAACAGUUACAACAACAACAACAACUCCAACAGCAGCAGCAACUUCAACAGGAGCAGUUGCAGCAGCAUCUGCAACAGCAGCAGUCCCUGCCGCCUCCAUCCACAAUGCCCGUCCCUGACCCAACUCUUGCUAUUGCGGGUCCACUUCCUCCUCCACCUGUCCCAGCGCAGACCUCAGCAGUUGCCCCUAUUGCACCUGCCCCUGUACAGGCAGCCCCAUCUCCGGCCCCUCCUCCCCCAGUCACUCCACUUCCUGCCCCUCUUCCUGCUGCCCCUCCUACUGCCCCACAGACGCCUUUACCCGUGGACCCCAAGAAGACGGUUGAUCCAGAGUUCCUUGCCCUGCUGCGAAAUGAUGGCCUCUCAGAGAGCACUAUCUCCUCACUUAUCCAGCAGGGGUUUGACUCCACUAGCAUGUUGGCUGUCAUGGAGGAGAAUGAUGUUCGCACGGUUGCUCCAAACCUUGGCCAGGCUCGUGUACUGUCUCGCUUGGUCCACAACUGCAAGCGGCCAGUUGAUUCUCUGCCACCCCCUUCCCAGCCUCAGACACCCAUGCGAGGCCGGUCUAAUAGCUUUAGCCAUCGCUCGGACAUCUACCACCACCAGCAGCACCACCAUCAACCGCACCCUCCACAGGCUUUGACUGUGGACCCCCAACUGAUGCCCCCACAGACCCCUGGGGCCAUGCAGACCAUUUCACCAAGGAUAGGAGAUGUAAUGGGUAGGAGGCCAAGCAGUGCCCCCUCUCAGCACCUCCUGGAAGCCUCUGGAGGCUACCCAGGCCAACCACCUCGCUCUCCAGGGCCAUAUGCAGGAGCCAUGAUGCCUGUUCAAUCAAGACCCAUGUCUGCUUACUCCUCUGGGAUGACAAUGCCGGGGAUACCCAUGCAGGGUAUGCAGAUGAUGCCACAUCAGAUGACCGGGUCAAUGCCUGUCAUACCCGGGUCUAUUCACUCCAUGCCAGGUAUGCCACAGCAGAUGCCUGUGUCCAUGCCAGCUUUACCGCAGCCACCACAGCAGGUACCGAAAGCAUACUCUACCAAUUACACAGUGCCCAUGGAGCUGAUGAAGAGGGACAGGAACUUACUGCCAUUAUCACCCAUGCACAGCCCUCAUCCCAGUCCUCAGCUGAUGCGUAAGGGUGGGGGACCUGCACCAGACAAUUCCCUUGUUCCUGUUGGAGCACCUGUUCAAGGCCAAGGUGCCCUAGUUGCUAACCAGAAGCUAAGUCGACGCACAGGUCCACCAGUCAUCGUGUCCACUAUGGCUUCUCCAGAUACAAGUAUUCGGCCCCAGAUUAUGAAUGGGCCUAUGCACCCGCGCCCCCUGGUGGCGCUGCUGGAUGGGCGCGACUGCACCGUGGAGAUGCCCAUCCUCAAAGAUCUGGCUACCGUGGCUUUCUGUGAUGCCCAGUCCACGCAGGAGAUACAUGAGAAGGUUCUGAAUGAGGCGGUAGGAGCCAUGAUGUACCACACCAUCACCCUGACCAGAGAGGACCUGGAGAAGUUCAAGGCGCUGCGCAUCAUCAUCCGCAUCGGCAGCGGCUACGACAACAUCGACAUAAAGGCUGCCGGGGAGCUCGGCAUCGCGGUGUGUAAUAUCCCCUCAGCGGCUGUAGAGGAAACGGCGGACUCAACACUUUGUCAUAUUCUCAACCUGUACCGGCGAAACACCUGGCUCUACCAGGCUCUCCGGGAGGGCACGCGGGUCCAGAGCGUGGAGCAGAUCCGGGAAGUGGCGUCAGGGGCGGCCAGGAUCCGAGGAGAGACGCUCGGUCUCAUCGGAUUUGGUCGCUCAGGCCAGGCGGUGGCGAUGCGGGCCAAGGCGUUCGGCUUCAACACGAUCUUCUACGACCCCUACCUCCAGGACGGCUUGGAGCGCUCGUUGGGCGUCCAGCGAGUCUAUACGCUCCAGGACCUGCUCUACCAGAGCGACUGCGUCUCCCUGCACUGCAACCUGAACGAACACAACCACCACCUCAUCAACGACUUCACCAUCAAACAGAUGCGUCAAGGUGCUUUCCUGGUCAACUCAGCACGGGGAGGACUUGUGGAUGAGAAAGCUUUGGCUCAGGCCCUGAAAGAAGGAAGGAUACGUGGAGCCGCUUUGGACGUGCACGAGUCUGAGCCUUUCAGUUUUUCCCAAGGUCCUCUGAAAGACGCCCCCAACUUGAUCUGCACACCCCACACCGCCUGGUACAGCGAGCAGGCGUCGCUGGAAAUGCGAGAGGCCGCCGCCACAGAAAUACGCAGAGCCAUCACCGGUCGUAUUCCCGACAGCCUCCGAAACUGUGUCAACAAAGAGUUCUUCGUCACCACGGCGCCCUGGGGAAUGAUGGAGCAGCAGCAGCCUCAAGUUCACCCUGAGAUCAAUGGUGCCGCCUACAGGUUCCCUCCUGGUGUGGUGGGCGUUGCCCCCGGCGGGAUUCCCGGGCCUAUGGAGGGGUUGGUGCCCGGGGGAGUGCCCAUCGCCCACACCCUGCCCCCUGGUACCCAUCCGUCACAGGCCACCUCCCCCAACCAACCCUCCAAACAUGGCGACCCCAUGAGAGAGCACAUGACCGAGCCAUAGGACUGCUGCUGUAGCCGAGCAGGGGGCUAAAAACCGACGUUAAAACUAUAAAAACCCAGCAACUCAACCAUCCGACUCUACGCUUGACUUCAGCCGUCUGAACCUACCAGCAGACUACCUGCCGGGUAACGUUUCACACUCUUUUCUUUUUGUGUGAAACCACUAAAGCCCGAGCGAGGACAGUGGAUGUUAAACACACACGAGCUGCCACGCAGAGAUGGGACUGACUGUCAAACUUAGGCGCAGAACAUCUGAUCCUCCCUCCAUAUCUGUUUUUGUUUCUUGUUGAUUUAAGUGAUACUUUUAUGUUUUAUUUUUGAGUAUAUUUUAGGGAGAUUCCUCCUGGCUUCUGGGACACGUUGACAUUACCACGUGCAGGAUGGAAAUAUGAUCCACCCUCCCUGAUUUAAAGGAAGCGCUUGAGAGGACAAUGACGUCAUUAAUGACCAAUCAAGCCUCCUUUUCCCUCCUCAACUUCACCCAUUUCAGCACAAACAUGUCUCGUGUUUUUUUUUUGUUUUGUUUUGUUUUGUUUUUUCUUUUUUUACUUCUUCUGUUUAUCUUAUAUUCUGUGUUUCUGUUGCAAGUGAAUGAUAUCUGUUUUUUUUUCUGUUCUUCAGUGUGUGAAAGUGAAUGGAUUUACAGUUAACACGUAUGUUUAGCAGACGGGAAAAAGUCAGCUGAUGACAACAGCAACAUCCGCCGUCUUGUUCGGAAAUCUGGACUCCAUCUUUGCUCAGCUCUCAAUCGUCGAGGCCGGUGGCCCCUGAAUGUAGAGGAAAGAUGUCAGGCGGUAAAUGCCAGCUCCUGGAAGAAUAUUUCGGCUUAUGAGGUAAAAAAAAAAAAAAAAAAAAAAAAGACCCUUUUAAACCAAAAAAAAGAGAAAAAAAAAGAAAAGAAAAAUGGAAAAAAAGACUGCCAUUCAUAGUUAGAUAUUGUAAGUUGAGUGUUUGUCACCUCAAUUAAAUAUUGCUGUUUUUCCAACUCUACUGAACUGAGGUACCUGAAAUAUUUGGUUAUUGUUAUGAACAGUGUCCCAAAUAUUAUCUGUUUGCAUCCAAAGGACCUACAGUACAUUGCAGCACCAGCUAGCGAGGACGGAGAGUGUUUGGAAAAACAAAAACAGGAAAUCUGUCACUGACUCAGGAAAAAAAAAAAAAAAAAAUUGAUUAACCAUCAUAUUUGUCCAAAUCUGAACAGAAAAGAGAAAAAAAAAACAACAAGUCUGGAUUAUUGCUUUUCACGUCUCCACCUAUUUCUCCAUUGUGGUAAUUUUUUUUUUUUUUUUUUUUUUUUUUUUUUUUUUUUUUUUUAUAUAUCAAAUGUUCGUUUUUUGAUGUUCAAGGUUUUCAGUCCUGUUAGAUUUGUAUUGCCUUGUUAAAUGUUCUUAUAAUCAUAGUCUUAUGUGACGGACCCGCCCUCUCCUCCUUUUAGUUUCUUCUUUGUUUUUCUGCUCUAAAUGAAAGCCAGCUGCGGCUCUCUGAGGCAUCGUCCAUCCCUUUAGCCCUGUGACGUUAGCAAGAGAAGGCUGUUUGGUUUUUAGUGUGAGUGUUUGUAUUUGUUUCUUGUACAAGGUGAACAUAUAGCAUACAGUGCAGCUGGAAACAAUAAAUAAAACAUACUGUUCUGAUUGAU